ACUUAACUUCAACGCUUAUCCGCACAUCAUCAAGCAGAACAACAACGGAAGUAUACCGCACAACAACAACAACAUAGAAAAACAACAUGGUCGACACUGGCGCUGCUAUCCGUAGAGGACACCCUGUCUCUUUUGUCUUCUUGGCCAUUUGGUCUUUCAUCGCAGCUGUGAUUGCAUCAACACUCACAAGCGAUUUCAACAAAAAUCACAACUCUCCAAGCGCUGAAACAACAGGAGCAGUUCGUUAUAAUGUCUUUGCUCAAUGGUGGACAUUCCUUUUCAGUUUGAUUUACCUUGGCUUGUUUUUGACAGGAGCUGGAGGCGCAGUAACUUCAAUCGCAGGUCAUGCAGUCGGAUUGUUUUUCACUUGGUUAUUCGUCUUGGCAGGUGCAGGUGCAAUCUCUGCUUCUACAAACGAUAACCCAUUCAUUUACCAUUCAAGUCGUCAAGCUUUGGAAGCUUUCGCUUGGAUCACUUGGAUUCAAUUAACUUUCAUGCUCGCUUUUGUCGCUUUCGUUGGCGGUAAAGCAUUCCGUGGAGGUCGUGGUUUCAAGGAAGGUUUGGGCAAUUGAAUAAUAAUGUAAAUCGACAUAAGCAUCGGUUGUGGAUGUAUAUUCUUACCCUAUCGCUCUGUUAAUUUCCCUCAACGUUUCGACUUCUACAUCUUUCUCAUUUCAUAUACCUCUCAAUCUUUUGAUCCAUUUUCUCGCUUUCUUUGCUCC